AAGUAAACAGAUCAACUUCCUUUUCCCCCAUACCUUUUCGACGGUGUGGUGCAACUUGCGAUUGGUCGUGUCCAGCUGGGCUCAUCCAACACCAUAACUGUCAUCUAGAUAUUUGUCAAAGUAAAAAGAUAAAACAAAGAUGGGUCCCAAAUUUGAUCCAACCGCUAUUAUGACUGUGUAUGUGAAGGCAGUAGGCGGAGAAGUUCCAGCUACAUCCUCUUUGGCUCCUAAGAUCGGUCCCUUGGGUCUGUCCCCAAAGAAAGUUGGUGACGAUAUUGCCAAAGGUACUACAGACUGGAAAGGACUAAAGAUAACGGUGAAAUUAGUGGUACAGAAUCGACAGGCCAAGGUUGAGGUGGUGCCCAGUGCCUCCUCCCUCAUCAUCAAAUCACUGAAGGAGCCACCCAGAGACAGAAAGAAGGUUAAACAUGUGAAACACAGUGGAAAUCUGACGAUGGAUGACAUCAUUGGUAUUGCACGACAGAUGCGUCCAAGAAGUAUGGCAAAAUCACUUGCUGGCACCUGUAAAGAAAUCUUAGGUACUGCACAGUCUGUUGGGUGCUCUGUUGAGAGGUGUCCACCUCAUGAUAUCAUUGACAAAAUCAAUUCUGGAGAAAUAGAAGUUCCAGAUGUAAGUUCUUUUUGUGCACCAGGAAAAUAGAAAUUAAAAAAAAGAAAAGAAA